GUCAGCCUUAUGGCCAGGGGAGACGAUAAGAGGGUCGGCUUGCCGCCGCGGUCUUCUGUCGCUGUUGCUGCGCUCACCCACCAUGGCCGCCGUCGCCGCCCUCCGCCCGUGCAGGCGCGACGUCAUCAGCGCCAUCCUGAGCGACUACGAGGCCAUGGGCCGUGACGGCGACGAUUCUCCCGCUCGACCAGCGCGCGGCGACGGGCGCGCUGCAGCCAGCCAAGCGACCAUCCGUUCGACGGCCAUCUCGCGAAGCAGGCGGCCCCCGAGUUUGAAAUUGUCCAAGAGCAACGGCUCCACUGCCACUGCCACAACUGCCACUUCCGCCAACACGAGCACCGCCGCCGACUCCACCCGUCUGCACCACCAACUCCCCCUUCCACCAACCCCGCCGCCCCCUCCUGAGAAGAACGCCGAAACAAUGGGCAACAAGCCCUCCAAAGCCGCGCGGGAAGACCACCACCAUCACCACCACCUCCGUUUCACCUUCCGACGCAAGCCCGUCAAACAAGCUCCAUCCCCGCAACCCAAGCCCGAUAGCAAUCCUCGACUCGACCGAGUCGCCUCGAAACCCGAAUCCAAGGCUUCGGAUUUCCACUCCUCGCCCGCCCAUGUCUCGACACACUCGCAGGCCGUCUCCGUCCCCUCGACAUUGACCGACACGCACGACUUGCACUCUACGCCUACCAUUGCUCCGUCCAGGGACAAUACCAAUACGCCGCCCAGCGAGACCGAAACCGACGAGCCACUGACUCCGAAGCUCAACCCCGCUGCGGCGGCCAUCCAGCUCCUGCCCUCUCCCAGCCCAGUCCCAGAGGAGAGCCCGUCCAAAUAUGGCCUUGUCAACGACCCCAGCAUGACAAUGGUCGGCGAACAACAAAAGACCAUGCAUGCGCGCGGCAAGAGCAGUACGGGCUUCGAUCUUUUCGUCAAGCUCGUAGUCGAACGAAAAGCCGAUGUUCACGGCCGCAUCGCAAGCGAAGUUUUCACCGCCAAUCUCGGGCAAGCUGCCGAUCUCCAUCUCCACUCCGACCGGCACAACCGCGCCAGCCGCGCCUGUCGCCGAGACGAAGAGCCGCAACACCUACGCUGAGACCUCGCCAGCGGAUGCAGCCUCACUUUGCGAGAAGUUCAACAAUCUGUCGUAUCGCCCGAAGAUCACAGACAAACCCAAUGGAGGGUAUCCUCCGCCCCACCUCGCGCCCGUGCACGUUCGUUGCUACCAGCAACACCGCACCCUCCACCGCGCGCGCAAUGAGAAGGCGCCCGUCGCUUGCAUGCUCUGUUUCAGCUCUGAUACGACUUGCCGUUGGGCUUGCGCCUGGUGCGCGCUGCGCAUCUGCUCGGGCUGCCGCGCCCAGCUAGACAGGACGCCUGGUCGCGAUGCGG